CCACCCCCUGGGCUCAGGUUCCGCCUGGAGAGGGAACAUCCUCAUUGGCAGCAGCUCAGAGGGAUCUCCGAGAGAGAGAGCGGGAGGCUUCAGUCAGCACUAGACCUUGCGCUGCAGCGUACUUCACUCCGGGCCAGGGGAACAUGUUGUGGAAAUUAGCUGACAAUGUCAAAUACGAGGAAGAUUGCGAGGACCGACACGAUGGGACUAGCAAUGGCACUCCCAGACUCCCCCAGCUUGGGGCAGUUACCCAGCACCUAUACUCGGCACCCCCUCUGUCUCAUACGCCGAGUUCCGAGUUCCAGCCGCCUUACUUCCCCCCUCCCUACCAGGCGGUGGCUUACAGUCAAUCCUCGGACCACUACUCCCACCUGAGCGACCCUUACUCUCUCAACCUCCUGCACCAGCACCAGCAGCACCAGCAGCAACCCGCCUCAGGCUGGCAGGGCCGGCAGCACUCAGAGAGCGGCCUCUCCCAGCACCAGAGGGCCGGCCUCGCUGCACACCUCUCGGCGCUGGAACCCAGGAGGGAGAUCCGGCGCCCGGACAUCCUUAUCCCCGGCUCACAUCACAUGGACGCAAGCCUGGCGGAGAACCUCAAUAUCCACGAGGUGGUACACAGUAUGGGGGAGGUGCAGCCUCAGGAGGAGCCCAGCUUGCUUCUACAGGACCAUGGUGUUAUUAAGAAAGGGCCAAUAUCAAUGUCCAAAAGCACAGCAUUGUCUGCACUAACCUACCAGAAGGAGAGUUUGACGGGGGGCGUUACCAAUCCCAAUGAAGUCUUUUGUUCAGUUCCUGGUCGCCUCUCACUCCUGAGUUCAACAUCCAAAUACAAGGUGACAGUGGCUGAAGUCCAGAGGCGCUUGUCUCCUCCUGAGUGUCUGAAUGCAUCCCUUCUUGGUGGAGUCCUGCGAAGGGCAAAGUCAAAAAACGGAGGCAGGUCGUUACGUGAGAGGCUGGACAAAAUCGGGUUAAACCUUCCUGCUGGGAGGAGGAAAGCUGCCAAUGUGACACUGCUGACUUCCCUCGUUGAAGGUGAAGCUGUGCACCUGGCCCGUGACUUUGGUUAUGUGUGUGAGACGGAAUUCCCUGCUAAAGCAGCUGCGGAAUACCUGACCCGGCAGCAUAUCGACCGCAGUGAGAUCAGCAGUCGGAAGAACAUGCUACUUGCAGCGAAGCAAAUUUUCAAGGAAUUUACUGACAUGCUGACCCAGGACCGGUCUCCCUUGGGCAACACGCGACCAGGCCCAAUCCUGGAGCCUGGCAUUCAGGGAUGUCUGACCCACUUCAGCCUCAUCACCCACGGCUUUGGGAGCCCUGCCAUCUGUGCCGCCAUGACCUCACUACAGAAUUACCUGAACGAAGCAGUGAAGGCCCUGGACAAAAUGUACAUGACCACCGGCGGGGGUCAGAGUCCACAGGACAGCGGCAACAAAACCGCGGACAAAGAUGAGAAACACAGGAAGUGAGCUGUUCGACAGCAGCUGGCAGACCUUAUUCCUCCCCUUUAAAAUUUAUGCCUGGGACCCCCUUUGGAACUCCAUCAGCACCCUGAACAAGAUGGCACCCAACGGUCAGGUGAUCGCUCAUACCUCCCUGUGCACCACCAAUGCGUUAUUGCUCUGUGAUGACCCAUUCCACUUAAAAUACCAAACUGCAAGCCCCGUGAAAGUGGAGACCCUUUGUCACUGGGUUUUCUGUGUGACCCUGGGCUGGUGGUCACAUUUGCCAGUGGAACAUCCUGACCUCUGUGGCAAUAUCAAUGGCACCUACAAUAUCAUCUUCCAACAGCUCACACACAAGGUGACACAGCCACUGCUUAAACCCUCAGACCCUAUAGUGUUGGCAUCAGGGUUUGUGCCAACAGUGCUUGGGCUAUGGUGUCCAAUUUGCCAUCUUGAGAUGGGCUAAAACACUCCUCAAAGGAAAAGAAGGAAAUGAAACCACAGGAACCUUUGAGGUGAUGGGGGCACUUUCAUCUUUUACUACGGCAUUCUAGGAUCACUGAUCUCCAAUAACAGGCCCGUGCUGUGUCUCACAGGAGCAGAGAACUCUUCAACUUUCCAAAUACCCCACAGCUGAGCAACAUGGCUGGGAUCUCAAGACGAAAAGGCUGAAAGACCAGUCUGUCAUGGGGAUUGCAGUUGAAUGCACAGGGUUCCUAGAUCGUACAAUGGGUACCAAUCAUCCGUGACUCACUCCUCUUCUUGCUUUAGUGAGCUCGGACAUUGAUGCAACAUUGUCUAAACUUUGCCCUUUUAUCUCCAUGUCAGACCGGACCAGGCUUUUGUUGCUGACGUAGCAUGAUGUUAUUGAAAAAUGCGUUGGCUGAAAUUUGGACAGACAAAAAUGGGAAAGACACAAUAUGUUUCAUGCUCUGUGUUUGCCAAUGAUUAACCUUGAUUAACUGGAUGAUUAUCUGAAUUCUGAAGUCGAUGAUGCAGAAUGAGCAGGCUCAGGUCACUGGACCUGAAAUUUUAACUCUGCUUUCUCUCUCCACAGAUGCAGCCAGACCUGCUGUGUUUCUCCAGCAUUUUCUGAUUUUAUUUCAGAUUGAGCUGGUUGUAUUUCGAACAGGACCCAGGAUAAAAGUGUCAGUGAAAUCUCUGAUUGAUGCAGGUUCAAAAGGGGAGCUUUACUCUUCAAUGCUUCCUGAGAUCUUCUGCUCACUAUGUGGUGUAAAAGCCAUUGAACUUGAACAAUCCCUGAGGUGAACCUACCUAUUGUGCAUUAUUCAGGGACUUGAAACAGCUUCUUUAUACACACUUUAACCACAUGGUAGGCCACCUUAGGGAAGUCAAAAUCUGAACAAGUCAGUUCAGGAUUACAUUCUGGGGACUUGUGAGUUACUAGCAAACUGAGAUUCUGUACAAACAAGCAUAAUUCCCUUCUGUCCCAUCCUAUUUGAAAGGUAAUAUAGCAAUAGUGGGUGGACGAAAGCCCCAUUUAAAAUCGACCUUUUUGAAAAGUUGAGUGGAGCUCUUGUUACAUUUGAAAACUCUGUUUGUGCUGCCGACUGCUCAAUGAGUGGACGGGACGAGGUAUUGGCAGAUUGGAGUGACCGUAUCUCACAAUACUGGGCUCUGUGGGUUGCAUCAGAAAGUGGGUUUGAACUUUCUAACUUUUAUUCCACCAGUAAGAGCAGGCUGGGAAAUCGGAGGAAAAUUAAAGCCCUGAAAUGACUUAUGAAAGCAUGAGCAGCAGUAGCCUAUGCUUGUAAGGUUCAAAAAACAAAAUCUGGUUAAAGUAAUCCACUGAGGAAUGUUACACAAACGUAUUUAGUAAGUGUAUAUCUGUCUGCCAUUGGCAACAGGAGUUCACCUGCCUUCUUUUUUAAAAGUGUCUGUGAUUUUUCAUUGUUAUUUUUAAGCUGUUUAAAAAUAUUACAAAUAUUACAAGGUUAAGUGAAUUGGCUAUGCUAAAUUGCCCGUAGGAGAAUGGGUCUG